GUUUAAAAAGUGGGCAGCGCAGAGGACAACAUCACCGCCCACUUGCUGAUGAUAGCAGGUCAUGCGGCCUCCACUGUUUUGGUUAACAGCUAGGACAGGCGGGGCAGAGAUGGCGGAAGACUGGAAGUCCGGGUAACUACUUCAAGUUACCCCUGCUACUGAGGUAGAACUCCCUCGUACGGAAAAGAUAUUGGAGUUAUCGGGGAAGCUGGCAGCUUUGUACGGCUCUCUAUUCCGCCCAGAGGACAUGGAGAUAUCGGCGGAGGGAGAGGCGGAAGAGCGCAGGAGGGAACAAUGGAAGCUACUGUCCAGCCUGAAGACCACGGUGGAGGGUCUUGUGUCCACUAACAACCCCAACGUGUGGUCGCGUUAUGGCGGCCUGCAACGGCUCCACAAGGACAUGAACAAUAUCCUGAGCCAUGGACUGAAGAAUGAGCAGGUGUACUACAAGCAGAGAGACUACUGGCCGUUUGUGUGGUGUGUUCGCUACAUCAGCCCCCACCUCGCCUCGCACGUUGAACAGUUCAGUCACCUGGAGCCGGUGCUGAGCAGCGGGAUGAGGCGUGCUGGUGAGAGCUACAAGGCUGAGCGCUGGCUCCUUCACAGCUUACAGGUUCACAUGCUGUCGGCUCAGCUCAGACCUUUGGUCCGGCAUCUGGGACAUACAAGUAAAUAUUAUAAUGAUAAUGCCUAUUUGCUGAGCGAGCCCCAUGUGACCGCCAUGUUCCAGUGUCUGGAAGCUGUGGAGCAGAAUAACCCCAAACUGCUGGCCCAAGUAGACACCUUCGGGCUGUCCCCUAUGACGGGCCCACCAUGUCUGGGCCUAUUGAAGAGCCAGAGCCUGUGUGUGUUGCCUGGGUCUGCUGGGGCUUGGAGGAACGCUGACUUGGCUCACAGAGGAGAAUCUCUAAAUCGCAGACUCACCACCUCCAACUGCUCCCUCCGAGAAGCAGUCGCCACCAGCCACAACUCUGGGAACGCUACGGAAGCCGGAUCCCAAAGCCGCAACUGUACAACCAGCAGCCUGGGGGCUCCCUGGGUGUGCGUGUCCAGGCCGGGGGAGAGUGAGCGGGGGGUGACACCCCCUCCUGGCCCUGUCUCUGUCCCGGGCAUUUCCCUCACAGAGUCCCCCUCGCCCACCUCCCUUCAGCCUGAGGCCGGGGAUUCUGGUGAUGGCGACUAUGACGAUGGUCCGGAGUACCUGGCUAUUGGUAACCUGGGGCAACGCAGCCGCUGUGACUCCCGAAGCUCCACCCCCAGCAGUGACCAGGGCGUCACCCAAGACCCGUCCAUGCAAAGGAAUCCUCUAGCUCCACCCCCACCCAGAUGCUCAUCUUUCUCAGAGGGCCAGAAGGGGCCGGGCCGGGGGUCCCGAGGACACACCCGCUCGUUUUCUGACACGGGGGUCAAUCAGAAACACAGGAACGGAGGGGGCCACCGGAAAAUCACCAUAAUAAUAGAAGAUCCGGUAGCAGAAUCAGCAGGGGACGACCGCUGUAUAAAGAACUACAGCCCUUUCUCACCUCAGUGCAAGGAUGCCAGCACUCCCAGCUCCCCCUACAUGGAGUCUCAUGGGUCCCAGUACAGCAGUAUUCCAGAUGGGAUGUUCAGGAAGCCGUCUGAGGGUCAGAGCCUCAUCAGCUACCUGUCAGAGCAGGACUUUGGCAGCUGUGCUGACCUUGAGAAGGAGAACGCUCAUUUCAGCAUUUCAGAGUCCCUUAUUGCUGCCAUCGAACUGAUGAAGUACAACCUGCGGCGUCAGCAGGAGAUGGUCGAGGAGGAGGGAGACAGCGACUGUGAGAUUCAGCAGCUCAAACAGAAGAUCCGCCUGCGAAGGCAGCAGAUCCGACGCAGCCGCCCGCCGCCCUGCGAGAACUCCCAGCACAUUUUUCACUCCACUGACAGCGGAGGCUCCAGGAGGAGCUCUCAGGAUUCCUGCAAUGGCCUUUCGGACUCCGGCUCAGCUGAGGAGGUGGAGGAGUGCGAACUACGAGAUGGCUGUGAGGGUCAGUCCCUGCUGGCGGUGUCUCAGAACGGCCUCUCCCUGUCACUCGCCUCCCUCUUCUCAGAUGCAGAUAUAAAGCGCAGUGUGAGCUCCAGCAGCAAGUCUUUUCUCAGCUCAGAGUCCAUCUCUCCAGCCUUCCUCCAGUCUAACUCUGCUGAGUCAGUGGCCAUGGGUUUACUCAGGCAAUUUGAGGGCAUGCAGCUUCCUGCAGCCUCGGAGCUCGACUGGCUGGUCCCAGAACACGACGCUCCACAGAAGCUGCUGCCCAUCCCCGACUCUCUGCCGAUCUCACCUGAUGAUGGCGAACACGCAGACAUCUACAAGCUGAGGAUUCGGGUACGGGGCAACCUGGAGUGGGCGCCGCCACGACCGCAGAUCAUAUUCAACAUUCAUCCCGCCCCCAAGAGGAAGAUAGUUGUGGCUAAACAGAACUACCGCUGCGCUGGCUGUGGAACCCGCAUCGAUCCAGAUUAUAUCAAGCGACUGCGUUAUUGUGAAUAUCUCGGCCGUUACUUCUGCCAGUGCUGCCAUGAGAACGCCCAGGCGGUUGUUCCUGGCCGAGUGCUGAGGAAGUGGGACUUCAGCAAGUACUAUGUCAGCAACUUUGCCCGGGACCUGCUGAGCAAGAUCGCCGGAGACCCUCUGUUCAACCCCAAUGACAUCAACAGUGGCCUGUACAAGAAGAUCAAAGCUCUGGAGGCCGUCAGGGUUUUGAGAGUGCAGCUGUUUCACAUGAAAAAUCUCUUCAAGACCUGUCGCUUUGCUAAAGAGGUGCUGGACCAGUUCGACAGCCUGCCAGGUCACCUCACCGAAGACCUUCACCUCUUCUCCCUCAAUGACCUCUCUGCCGUACGCAACGGGGAUCUGGCUCCUCGAAUGAAAGAGCUGCUUAAACUUGGCACCAUGCACGCAGCUGGCUGUGUGCUGUGCCAGGCGAAGGGCUUUGUGUGCGAGUUCUGCGGCAACGACAAAGACAUCAUCUUCCCCUUCCAGCUGAACAAGUGCCAGCGCUGCGAAGAGUGCCAUGCGUGUUACCAUCGCAGCUGCUUCCGGACAGGUAAAGACUGCCCUCGAUGUCAGCGGCUGGCAGAACGGAGAGAGAGGAUGGCACGUAAAAACAUGGAGGAACAAGAAGAUGAGGGAGGUGGGCCCUAGUGCUGGUAACAGAAGAAUCUCUCAGACAAAAGAAGAGCACAAUGCGACCAUGAUUGUAGUGACUGACCGCCUCUCAGACCUGGGUGACUGCAAAAAAAAAAAUGUUGAUCUCGAAACCCUUCCAGAUGUGCAGGUUUUAAUGCAUCAGGGCAUCAGCUGUGUUCGUAUGGCUAAUGUUGAUUUUCAUGAUGCAUUCAGUGUAAGCGAAGCCCCUUUCACAUAUGCACCUUACUCUGUGAAUAACGGUUGUUUUUUGUGUCAGUGAAAUCUUUGAAUAGGAGACCUGAGUCGAUUUUUCAUUUUUUUUUUCAUGAAAAUUUAGUGUCUUUUUUACAGAGAAAUCGCAAAAGGAAACAUAGCUUUAAAAAAUAUUACAAGCUUUUUUUCUUUAACUUGAGAUUGCUUUAUCCUUGACAUUUAAUUCCUAAAAUUAUUUAAUCACAAUUCCUUGCACAUAAUAAGUAAAAAUAUAGCACCUUAUUUGAUACUUUGGUGGCCCCCUAGUGGCAGUAUCAAAAAAGGCAGACACUGAAUUGUUCUCAGAGUGUAAAUGACGAAACCCUCGACCUUACAGGAAUAUUUGAAGCUGGCCAUUUUGUAGUUACAUGUGUGAAAAGGGCCUGAGAUUCACUAAACUUCUUGGCACUUUGUUCCUCCCUGUGGUAAAACUAAUAUAUUUGGUUGGAUUUAAGUAGAUCAGAAAACUAUUGUAACCAGGUUUGAUAUUUUUCCUUCCUGCAAUUGAAGCUUCUGGCAACGUGCUUCAACUCUGGUAAUGUUUUUGGCUACUGGCUUAGCUGAAGUUGUUUUUUCUGACCUAAUGUUGCAGGAUGUGUUUAAAAAAAAAAAAAAUCAAAUAAUAAGUAAAAAAUUGAGAUCUCAUUUUAUGUUUUGACUUUUUCAGUGCAGAUACUGUAUUUGAGCAAUCCUGCCCUUUAAUGUUGAGGUUUUUAUUCUGAUUUACAAAUAUUGAAGAUAUUUAACUAAUCCUUACUGUCCUGUUUUAAACUUUUAGCCAUGCUUAUGUGCCUCUGGGACCAAUGAACUUAGACUGGUAGAGCUAGUAGAGUUACAUUGGAAAGAUGAGUUUAUAGAAGGACUGGACUUCAGAGUUUGCAAAUAUUUUAAAUGAAACUGCAAAUGCUCAAUUUUUGUGCUGCUUUGUGUGAGUGUGUUUGCGUGAGUGGUUACUAGAACAAGCUGUGUGAAAUAAGAGUGCUUGUGUGUGUGUGUGUGUGUGUGUGUGUGUGUGUGUGUUUGUUUGUUUGUCUGUGCACACAUGUCUACCUGCUGUACAUGCAGCCAAGCAAAAACGGUUUGCACCAGCCUAAUCAGCACUUGUUUUCUAAUGCCGUAGGUUUUUGGACUAAUAGAAAGUCGAGUUAAUUGCACUGAUCCUGUCUGUUGUUGUUGUGGGAUGGGAGUGUGGGGGUGUGUGUUGGGACGUCACUUGGGAUUUUUCUGAUGUUUGAUAUAAGAACAUGAACCUUCACCGUGAAAUGUUGCCUAUUUCUUUAAUGAAGCUCCUGUCACCUGGGUUGCAUUACAUUGUGAAGCGUUUCAGUCCAAAAUAAUAGAGCCAAGAUCUUAUAGAUUAUUGUGAUACUCCUAACAUGCUGCAAAAUCAUUAUCAAAAUGCAUUCAUUACCUCUUGGACUGAGAUUCUUCACAUUUAAGUGGGUUUUGUCAGGUUGUAUUAAACAAUCUUGUUUUAGUUCAGUGGUUCCAAACCUUAUUGGCCAUUAAUAUAAUGUUUUUGGAAAACAUGUAGCCAACAGCUGGUUAGUUUAGCUUAGCAUUAAGACUAGUUACAGAGGGAAACGGUUGGUCUGGUUCUGUAAAGUAAAAAUCUGCAUGCUAACAACACUAAAGCUCAUUUAUUGACAGCCGUUGAACCAAAUGGUCAUUUCCACUCUGUUUUAUUAGAAAGACUUUUAGAGGCCCCCAAAGGGUAAUUAUAUCCAGUAUUUCAGAGGAAGAAAACCAAAAUUGUGAGAAAGUUGGAAGAAAAUGAGAUAAUUUUGCUUUUACAUGUUUUUCUUUCAUUCUUUCUUGCACUUUUAAUAAUCUGGUGAACCCCUCAGAUUUAUCCUGGGACCCCUUAACUUUGAAACCACUGGACUAGUAUAAAUAUUAGUGACUGAUUUGCACUAGAAAAUAAAUCUUCUCAUAUCAAGUGUCAACAUAGUGGCUCUCUAUUGGGUUAGAUUAAACAUUUUUAUAUGAAGUUCAUGCCAUAGUUAGGAAGAAAGUUGUGAGAUAACAAAUAGGCCACUCAUUUAAUCAAACCCUUUACUUUACUGGAUUUGAGUUCCAAGUAAAAUAGUUAAAGGAUUUGUCUCCAGAGUACAUACCAUCCUACACAGGCUUUCAUGUGUACAAUCCCUCACGAGGUAAACACACUCUCAUGAGACACUACUUAAAGCAAUACAUGUGAUAUUCAUGUCCCUAAGCCCUCACAGACGAGUAUUAAAGAGAGACUGCACCCAUGUCUUCAGUUUGAACCAGGCUGCUUUCAAGAGAAACAUUGAACUCUUCAGCUCACGGCUCCUGAACAAAGUUACUGCUCGACUCCACGGAAAACCCUCCUCAACUCAGCAGAUGGUUUUGUCCUUGGUCUGCCUUUACCAUGGAGGUUUAAAGUGCACUACAGAUUAAAGUGUCUAUUAUUAAAAUGUUAAUUAUUGUUAUUAUGAUUAUUUGUGUUCAUUCAUCUUUUGUUCUGCAAGUCUGUUGACAAUAAAAGACUGACCAGACUGUU